AUGUUAGCCCCAAGCAGUCAGCAAAGCGGCCUCCAAGGUAACGUAGAGUGCAAUAAACUAGGAGCCGAUAGUCUGUUGGACAACGGUCCUGGUAGCAGAGCUCAAGAUCAACAAGAAGCCAACCGGGAAACAGAACAGGGAGUCGGACAGGGAGCACCACGGGAAAUCAAAAGGAAAAUCGCAAGGAUUGUCGCAAGGGUUUUCGCAAGGGAAAUCCCACGGGACACAACACAGGAAGUUACGCAGGAAGUUACUCCGCGGGAAAUUAUACCACAGGAAGAUGCACCACAGGAAGAUGCACCACAGCAAGUUGCGCAGGACAUUCAGCAGCCUGUCAACCAACCGGCUAACCAACAAAUCCAACUCAUCAGAGCCACGAUGACUCGAGAGUCACGGUGGCUACAGUUGACGUUCCCAGUCGGCUCCGACCGUCUCGUGGAUGAAUUCUGCACCGAGGUCAACCGAAAUCUGUCUAUUAUGCGUACAACUAUAGCAUCGUCUGCCUACAUUCCAGAUCCAGGUCCAGGCUGCCGAGUGAUGUUGCCGGUGCAUGGGCUCGUGCGAGUGACUCCGCCGCCGACGCCGACGCUGUAUUUCGGGAGCCAGAGGGCUGCGAAGAGGUUCAAGAAGCACACCUUUGUGUUUGAGCACCCAUCUGAAGAUGAAGAGUCCCAAAAGGCGUUGUAUAUGCCUGACAUGUCGAUUGGUGUGUUCCGGGAGAAGUUGAGUAGUAAGGGAUCAAGGGUUUGGAGCUGGUGGCCGAACCCCAACUCUCAUCUUCGUUCUCGGCCGUUUCGACUUUGA